AUGAAAGAUCGUUUCGUUGUAAGGAGUGUCCAGCAGCUUUCAACCGAAGGGAUCUGCUCCUACGACAUCGCACUACACAUGCGAAGAAUGCCGCCGAAGGCCAGAUGUCUGAAGCGUAAUCUGGAGUGCACGACACGCAUGCACGAUGCUCAGGAUGGAUCAGUCACAGCUCCAAGUCCGCGUGUCGAGCAAGUUCUAGAGCAUCCAACGACCCAAGGAGGUACACAAACUGAUCCAAUAUAUCCUGUGAACACGUUCAUGGAUGUUUCACCUGCUCAUCAAGGAAUCUCGGAUAUCUAUCAAAAUGCACUUCAUCAGCCGCAUGCAUUCCCCAACUUUUUUGAACAGAUCAUGGUGGACCAUGGAGACUUUCUGGCUAUGGACUACCUACAGCCACCUCCGGAUCUGACCACUUGGCUACCCGAAGCUGAUUGGUUCACUGAGGUCGAUCUAUUUGGGGCCGACUUUGUUCCAGCCAUUGACGAUACCUUUAAUGCACCACGCCUAGACUCUUGCGCAGAUGCAACUCCACCAGCGGGUACCAUCACUGAUGAGGCUCGGGGAACGAAUAGUGGCGAUGCAGUGAAGCGGCGACACGCUGUCUUCAGGCGAUCGCCAUGGUUCUGGGUACCGGAACACAAUCAGAAUGCGUUUAGCGAUCAUGAAGGAAUCACGUUAGAUGAGCGAAACGUGGAUCUUGCUUCGUCUCCGCAUCAGCCUCACUCCUCGAGCAUUGUCAUUCCUGGUCGCUUGUCGCAACAAGGACGGGAUCGCAUCUACCACCUUGUAUUAAAAACCGCACAUAGCCAGGUAUCAAUUUCGUCCUUCCCCUCCGCGGACUGCCUUGACAAACUCAUCAAGGUCGGCAUCGCAAAACGAACAGAAGCAGAUGCAUGGAUCCAUCCAUAUACCUUUGACGCCGAGGCUUCUCGACCAGAGUUCCUGACAGCACUAGUCGUCGCCGGCUGCAUUUGUUUCGGUAUUCCAUCGGUGAACAAGACUGGGCUUGUCCUCCAAGAAAUUGUGCGAGUCGCUUUAAGGGAACUCGCAGAGCACGACAACAGCACCACGCGAGAGCUCCAAUAUCUUCAAGCAAUGAUGCUUUGGCUCGAUAUUGGAGCGUUUUGCGGCUUUCGUCGCAAGAUGGAAAUUGCCGAAAGCUCUUUACAAGUGCUCGUCACUGCUUUGCGGCGGGCCGGCAGAUUCGACAAUGUUCGAUAUCCUGACACUCUGCCCCAGAUGCACAAUGAAGGUGAGGAGCUCGACAGGAGAUGGCGCAGCUGGGUCGAACUCGAGUCUUACAAACGACUUGUUUAUCACCUUUUCGAACACGACAUCUACAUGACAGUGAUAAACCAUCGUCAACCACUUAUCUCAUGCGCGGAGCUUACGCUGCCGCUCCCAGCUUCAGAGAUAUUGUGGCUUGCACCAUCGGCCGUGAUCUGGAAAGCCCGUAUAUUGAACAAUUCCUCUCCCACUGAGCGGCCGUCGAUGCGGACCAUUCUCCAGAAUGAAGGACUCAUUUGCUGUUUGCAUGCGAACUUCGACUUACAGAUUGCACGCUCAGCACAAAUCCACGGGCUCGCAUCACAGGUCUGGGACCAAUGCCAACAAACAAUACUACUUCAGGAUUCGAGCGAUCCAUCAUCGCAACUAUGGUCUCGGUCACGACAGCAAAAGCUGUAUGAUUCUCUCCGACACACUAACCUUACACUAAAUGACUCGUCAGCGUUGACUUGUGCUUUCCAUCAGUUUCUUCAGAUGUUCCUGCAUGCAGACCUGGACGCGAUCACUCGGUUUGCUGGCAAGUGCGGAGAGGAGGCUGCACACCGUGCUUACAUUGCGCUGCAGCCAUGGAGCAAAUCCAAAGAAGCUCGAAUAGCAAUAGCCCACGCCGGCCAAGUGCUACAUGCCGCACGUGCAAUUCCUCCUUACCAAAACCGCGGACAAGAUUCUUUCAUAAUCUACCAUUCCAUCAUGGUGCUCUGGACAUACAGUAUGAUGAUCAACGACCACGCGCGUAAAACCGGCUCAAACACACCAGUCCGAGCAGCACACGCAACAAUGCAAGAUCAAAGCACACUAGUCUUCUUGGAUGAUGACAGAUCCACCAAUCAGUCCGCUGUAGAUGCGUUCAUAAUGAUGAAUACUGGGACGCCUUGCCUUCGCAUCCUUUUGAAGACGUCAGUACAGCAGCGGGAAGAUGGUGCGGCGAGUAAUGAGAUAUGUAAUAUGAAGCAUCCAUGGCAGGUCAUGAAGGCAGGUGUCACGUUGCUUGAGGGAACGCAUCCAGACGUGGAUAGGGAGACUGGGCCACCGUUGCUUCGUGCGUUGUGCGGGCUAAUGGAAGAGCUGGGUGGACUGAGAUCGAUCUGA